AUGUUUCCAACAGCAAGGUGCCUAGCAUCCAAGCCCCCCGGGUUUCUCAAAAGGAGCGCGGAGGAAAUUGGUCGAUUGUCAAGAAUCGCCUGGAACACCGAGGCCCUCCAUACGCCAACAAAGCCAUAUUCCCUUCUAGACUUCGAAGAUGAAGCAGCUGUUGCGGGCUGCAAAACGAUGGCAGACCGUGCCGUGGGAGGUUUUAGCACUGCAAGCCUCGACUAUAUCCCCGCCGAUUCCUCUACAAACACGCCUGCCCACGCAAGAUUUCAUGGAAAUAUUUCUACGAAGCUCCCUAACAACUGGAGGGUGGAGAGAACAGGAUAUGCCGCCUUCCGCAACCAAGACCGAGGCCUCUGGCUCUUUGGACGACUAUACUGGGACCUCGAUCCCUAUACCUACCUAGCUUUACGUGUCAAAUCGGACGGUCGACGGUACACCGUCAACAUACAGACCGACACUAUCGUCGAAACCGACAUCCACCAGCACCGAUUAUACACACGCCAUCACCACGUGCGCGACUCGUCUACCUUAUCCGAUGAUUACCUUUCUCCACAAACAUCGCCCAAAGCAGCAGAGUCGUCUGAAAUCGCUGAAGAAAAGUACCCCAGCGGUAUCCCACCUUCACUUUCCGACAUCCCCCCGUCCUCUACAAUCAUGCCCUCUGUAUCGUCGGUCACGACAUCUGGCUCGACCGGAUGGGAGACUAUCCUGCUUCCGUUCAACUCGUUUGUACGAACGAACCAUGGGCUUGUUGUGGAACCUCAGACCUCUAUCAUCCGUCAGAGGGUGAAGAGUGUCGGAAUUGGUUUGACGGACCGAGUAGAGGGGCCUUACGAUUUACGUAUCCAUAAGGUAUGGGCCACAAAUGGGAUAAGUGAGCCAGAGAUUGAAGAAGAACGCCGGAUCUGCGGGACAGCUGCCUUGCCCGUUGAUGAAGGGGUUCGAACCAACUGGGUUCCGCAACACAACGAUGCCAAAUCUGCGAAACAGGGAAGUCAAGAGCACAAAGGGAAGGGCCUGAAGGGGCUACGUGAUGAAUGGGAUUAA